GACAGCUUACCUUAAAAAAGUGCAUAUAUACAUCCAAACACCUCUCGUUAUCCCCAAAAGGCUUUGAAUAACAAGAAAGACUACACGCUCUCCCAUGCCCUCCACGUGUCCUAUCUUAUCCACUUCUCCGCCUUUUCAAAUCUCUUGCAUCCGUUCCUACUGUAACCCCUCUAAUCCCACUCCCCAAUCAUUCACAGCUGUCCCAGGUGUCCCCAGUAUUCCCUGUCACCCAGAAAAGUACAACAAAUCUGACUUUUUAGACCGCAGACGAUAAUCUCCCUUCCUCUAUCCAGAAGGGCUAAAUAGUGUAGUGUUCUUUUUUAGCUUUCUUCAUUACCAAAGCCGAAAUCUUCUCUGAGAAAUUCCCCGUUUUUCAUGGCGACCACUCUUGCGUGCUCUCUCUCAACCCCAAUCCGGGCCUCCUCCGGAUCUUUUGGAAAACCCGACCCAAAUCGUAGAAAACCCGUUUCUUCCUCAUCGUGGUGGGCCCCUCUUUUCGGGUGGUCCUCCAAUCCCGAGUACCUCAACGAUAGCAAUGCAGGCGGCCCUUCGGAGAGCAAACCGGAUGUUCCCGAUCCGGGGCGAUCCAGAUCCAGAUACACGCUCGGGUGCUUCACCGAGGAGAAAGCAAAGCAACUUCGAAGGAAGACGAUGGAGAACGCGGCCUUUCACGAUAUAAUGUACCACUCGUCGAUCGCGUCUCGUCUGGCCUCGGAUAUAUCGGGUUGGCUCGAGAAGUGAUUGAAAGCCUACUAAGUAUCGGGUAAGGGUAAAGCAAUAAUUUGUCGAAAUGAAAUCUAUGUAGAACUCCUACGCUGUGUUUUUUUAAAUCUCGUUGGAAUUCUGGGUAAUGUUUGAGUGCAGGCAGUUAAUUUUGGUUUGUAAUAUUGAUUUUAGACCGUUGGAUCAUUGAUGGUCGGUGAUGCAUUGUCUCUUAGGCCUUUUUAGCUUUGCUCUUCUGAUUUCAUGUGUCGAUAAACUUGUUCCGUCUUCUAUACGGUGGGACCAGCAAUCCUCGAACCUGUUUGAUGACGUGGAUGGCUGGUUUUUGAUAUUGAAAAGAUUAUCAGUUAUAAUUAUUAAA